AUGGCUUCUCUGUUCGGCGCCGGUCAGCUGCUUAGAGGUAAAGUGAAUAGAUACACCAUCACCAAACAAAUCCACGAGUGUUUGUGGCUGGCAAUGACUGCGAGCGAUCAGACUGUUGUGAUCAAAAGCGUCCGUCACUUCCGUCUUGACACCGAGCGAGUGGCUUUGAAGCGUUUUCAGUCUCGAUCGUCUGUGAUCCGCCCGUUGAUCGAUGAGAUUGAGGAUCCAAGCGAUCCACCGGCUCUAGUGCUCAAGCAUCUUGAUGAUGAUCUUUUUAAUGCCGCUGCUGCUAAACGACUUACGACGUCUGAGAUCAAGCUUGUUGCCAAGAGGGUGUUGGAGGGGUUGAAUGUCAUUCAUGAGGAUGGUUAUGUUCACACAGAUAUCAAACUUGAUAACAUACUAGUGAAUUACGCCCAAGGCUCAAGUCGAUUCGCCGAAAUCCAACUCACCGAUCUAGGAAACACCGUGCGUGCGGAUUCCAAAUGGGCCAAAGAAUGCGACAUGAUCGGUGCUCCUGUAUGGCGGAGUCCAGAAGCUCAACUCCAGAUCGGCUGGGGAAGUCCUACUGACAUCCGGUCCUUUGGCACAGUGAGGGACAAUUGGCUCAUCUUCAAACCACACGUCCCAUUCGGCCAUGAUCAUUAUGAGAUUAAAAUCGUGAUGAAGAAUCAUCAGUUCUUCGGACCGUUCCCGUUGAGGUAUCGAGAGCUGGUGGAUGAGGAGAUGUUGGAGGUCAUAACGUAUAUUAUGAAUGGGGUUCCGCUGGAGACGAUGAAACCAUUCAGGCGGGUCGGUGAGAAGGAGAUCAGUAAAGAGGAUAAGGAGUUUGUGUGUAGGGUUAUGAAGAUGGAUCCGAGGGAUAGACCGACGGCGAAAGAGCUUUUAGAGGAUGAAUGGUUUGAGGGGGUGGAGUGA